AUGGUUUACGAGACCGUGGCCAAGAAGGCGCAGGAGUGGAACACGAAGGACACAUCGCCCUUGUCGUUUGCCCGACCAUGUGGGCUCCUCGCGCCCGGUCUCGGCGCGCAGGGUGGCAACUUGGAGGCGGCCGUUGAAGCCGGCUGCUCGGCCGAUGGCUUUGGCCUCUUGCUGCCUGUCUCGCGUGGCAUCUCCAAGGCCGCCAACCCGCGCCAGGCCGCGGUCGAGUUCCGCGAUGCCAUCAACGCGGUGCGCGCGCGCCUCGCCGCCAAGACGCAGGCCGCCUUUCUCAACUUUUGCAUGUCGUGCGACGUGCUCAAGCUCGGCUCGUUUACGCUCAAGUCGGGCCGCCAGUCGCCCUACUUUUUCAACGCCGGUCUCUUCAAGACGGGCCGCAUGCUCCGCCAGCUCGGCCGCUUCUACGCCCAGACCAUCCAUGAAAGCGGCAUUGAGUUUGACGUGCUCUUUGGCCCGGCGUACAAGGGUAUUACGCUCGCGGCUGCGAUCGCAAUUGGCUUUGACGACCUGUACGGCCGCGAAGUGCCGUUCACGUUCAACCGCAAGGAAGCCAAGGACCACGGCGAAGGCGGUGUUCUUGUCGGCGCCGACGUCGUCGGCAAGCGCGUCUUGCUCGUCGACGACGUGAUCACGGCCGGCACGGCCAUCACGGAAGCCAUGCACAUUCUGCAGCACGCCAAGGCCAACGUUGUCGGCGUCUGCAUCUCGCUCGACCGCCAGGAGAAGGCGUCGAUCACGGACACGCGGUCGGCAAUCCAGCUCGUGGAAGCCCAGUUCCAGAUCCCUGUGAUUGCGAUCGCCAACCUCAACGCGCUCGUCGCACUGCUGGAAAGCGAGAGCCCCAUGGCGCUCUCGGCGGCCGACCGCGCGACGUACGUCUCGACGAUCAAGAAGUACCGCGCCGACUACGGCGUCCAAGGCUAG